AUGCAUAUAGACUCUUGAAUUGGAGUGAUAUUUGACAAACUUACGCUAGAAAGCUCUUCUAAUGUUGAUAAAAGGCACACUAAAAACUCUUUUGAAUCUUGGUGGCCAAAUGUAUCAAGCUGCAUAGAGCUUACGAAUGAAAAUUUUUGGUUAGCUUGAUCUUUAAAAAUCCUUAAAUUCUGCUCGAUAUCUCUUUUUCUCUCAUAA